AUGGCCAAGGAAGCCUCUGGUGCGGAAUCUCAGCAGCUGCCUCGCCUCUUCCUGGCCCCUCCAGCUGAAGUCCUGGGUGAGAUCCUAAACAAGCAGUUUGGCUCCCUGCCUUUCAUGGCUCCCAUUACACGGAUGAAGAGGAAGCCAUCGGGCUACUAUUACCCCACCGAGAACCGGGAGCAGGUCCUGGGUCGGAGACGGGCAGCCAAUGCCAAAGAGCGAGAGAGGAUCAAGAAUCUGAACAGUGGCUUUUCCAAGCUGAAAUCUAUUGUCCCGUUGAUUCCAAAAGACCGGAAGCCAAGUAAGGUGGAUAUGCUUAAAGCCACCACUGAAUACAUUCGCCUGCUGAGCCUGAUUCUGAAGGAAACUGGAGGGCUUGAGGGGGAAGAUGUCGCGAAGGGUCCACCUCUUGGGCCAGUGAUGGUGGCAGAGCCCCCAGAGAAGUGCUUACCAGCACCCCUCCCAGCAGAGCGGCCUGGCUGUUACAUCAAGACCGAGAAUGGCCUGGAGCUGGUGUGGACCAAUCAGAUGAUGCAAGCCCCUGUGGGCAUCUGGGGGGAGACCAUUCUGCCUGCUUACAUGGGGAUUGUAGAGCUUCAGAAAGGUUGA